AUGGCAAUUUACCGACUCUACGCUGGCAACGACGGCCAGUCGCACCUUGAGGAAACCAGCCUGGCAAACCAUCCCGAACUGACCGAGGGCCAGGCGGCCCGUUCCAUUUCCUUUCGUGAAUGGCCUCCCGGCCACUUCAUCGACUGGCAUCCGGCGCCCCGACGUCAGUACAUCAUUUCGUUGGGCGGCGAGAUAGAAAUCGGUCUGGGCGAUGGCACCACCGUGCGCUACGGACCGGGCGAUGCCCGACUGGUUGAAGACACAUCCGGACAGGGACACACCACCCGCGUCGUGGGCGACCAGCCCAGUCUAACGGCGGUCAUUCCCCUGGCCGACUGA